CGCCGGGGACAGAAGGCGGAAGCGCGGCCGCGCGGGCCGAGCAGGGACAUGGCCGCCUCCGCCGGGCCCGCCGCGCCGCGCACCAAGACCAAGCGGAAGCGCUUCGUGCCCCAGCGCGUCAAGGUGCCGCGGGCGGCGGAACCGCUGCUGGGCGUGUUGUGCUGGGGCGGCCCGCACCAGCUGAGGAUCAAUGAGCUCAGCCAGGUUCCCCUGCCGGUGAUGCUGCUACCCGAUGACUUUAAAGCCAACUCUAAAAUCAAAGUGAACAAUCAUCUCUUCAACAGGGAGAACCUGCCCAGCCACUUCAAGUUCAAGGAGUACUGCCCGCAGGUCUUCCGCAACCUCCGCGAGCGCUUCGGGAUUGACGACCAGGACUACCAGGUCUCCCUGACGCGCAGCCCGCCCCACUACGAAGGUGAGGGGAGCGACCGACGUUUCCUCACCUCCUACGACCGGACGCUGGUGAUCAAGGAGAUCUCCAGCGAAGACGUGGCUGACGUGCACAGCCUCCUUUCGCACUACCACCAGUACGUGGUGAAGUGUCACGGGGUCACCCUGCUGCCCCAGUUCCUGGGGAUGUACCGGCUCAGCGUGGACAGCGAGGAGACCUACAUGCUGGUCAUGAGGAACGUGUUCAGCCACCGGCUCGCCGUGCACAGGAAAUACGACCUCAAGGGCUCCCUGGUGUCCCGAGAAGCCAGCGACAAGGAGAAGGGCAAGGAGCUGCCCACGCUGAAGGACAUGGACUUCCUGCACAUGAGCCAGAAGCUGUACGUGGACGAGGGGCAGAAGGGCGACUUCAUGGAGAAGCUGAAGAGGGACGUGGAGUUCCUGGUCCAGCUGAAGAUCAUGGAUUACAGCCUGCUGCUGGGCAUCCAUGACGUGCUCCGGGCCGAGCAGGAGGAGGACGAGGAUCUGAAGGAGGAGGAAGAGGAGGGGGAAGACGUCAUGGCGGUGGGCUCCUACGGGACAUCCCCCGAGGGGAUCGGCGGCUACCUGAACUCCUACAAGCCGCUGGGCCCGGGGGAGUUCGACCCCUACGUCGACGUGUAUGCCAUCAAGAGUGCGGAAGGCGGGCCCCAGCCGGAGGUGUAUUUCAUGGGCCUCAUCGACAUCCUCACGCAGUACGACGCCAAGAAGAAGGCCGCGCAUGCCGCCAAGACCGUCAAGCACGGGGCCGGCGCGGAGAUCUCGACCGUCCACCCCGAGCAGUACGCCAAGCGCUUCCUGGACUUUGUCACCAACGUCUUCGCUUAGUCGUUACCCGCCAGGAGAGGCCCCCUCUCCCUCCCCCCCCCCGUCUCGUCUUGUCGGAGCUGAAGAUCAAAGGUGUCCCCUGCCCCCCACCCCUUGGUCUUCGUGCCCCCCGCUGUUGGCUGGCCCGAGAGCUCCAGAGAAGCCCGGUGGCCGAGUGGGCCGGGCGGGCUCGGUUGCUAACCAAGUGCCUUAUCUUUACCUGCCCUCGCUCGAGCGGGGGGUGGAUCCUCUGGCUGGGGGGGGCGGGCUGCUAGCUGAGGGGCCCUGUCAGCUCAGCCCAUCUCUAGGGCUGGGGUCUGCAACCGGCCCUGUCCACAGGGCGGAGGGGGGCAGCCCAGGCCCUGCAAUAUGCAAUAAAAGAUUCGACCCGUUGGUGCCUUAGAGGGGGCAGAUGGUUCCUCCCUAGCAACAGUGACCCCCCCCCCCCCGCUUUCCCCAGUCUGGGGCUGGCAGCGGAUCCCCUCUCCUGCCCGCCCCCUGUGUGCAUUCCGCACUGGUCCCCCCGCCACGCUCCCCAGAACGGAGACGGUUCUCUUGGCCUGUCCCACGGUGUAAUUUAUUCCUAGGUGAAAUCUCCUGGCUGGGGUCGCGGGGGAAGUUAACACUAGUUUGCAUUGGGGUCCCAGCCCCCCACUCUGCAGCCUCUCCCCACACACUACGUCCCCGGGGCCAUGGCUGCUGCUGGCUCCCCCGGUGCCUGCCCCCAGCCUCACCCGAACGAGCCGCGUUAGGUGCCGGAGCCUGGGUUCGAGCCAGGGCCACCGGUGCUCGUGUCUCUAGGCCGCUGUGGCCUGAAACUGCUCCUCAGCCCUGUGUGCCAGAGGGGAGCGACUGGGCGCAGAGCUCCCUGCCCCCGGCUGUGAGUACUCUGAGCCCCCCCCAAUUCAUUUCAGCAGCACCUUCCUCCUGGCAUGGGGCAGCUGGCGCGUGCAGUUCCACCCUUCCUCCAGCAGGAGGCGCUCGCAGCGCUGCCCGUGGGUUCCCCUGCACGCAGCAGGGCAAGGCUCGUGCUAGAUUCAGCUUUGCCUGCCCAGGGUCUCAGCGGUCCCAUGGAGGGGGCAUAGCGUCGCUGCUGCUGCCAUUCUUCCCUGGCACCUGCUGGCCACGGGUUGGGCUUUCCCCGGCUGGGGAGCUGCUUCUGCCCUUGGCCUGAGCCCUCCUCAGCCCUGGCUGGGCUCGUGCGGUGAGCUGACAGCUGGCCCGGGCCGGGGCAGGAUAUGGAUGGGAAGUAGCAGAGCCUUACCGGCCUGGUCCCCUCUCCCCGGGCCUGGUCUGCAAUCCGUUAUCCCCACUGCUGCCUGGGGGGGGGCACGGUGGAACAGGUCAAAGAGGUGCUCUGACCUCGCCCACGGGGCGCCCGUCAGCUGCGCUGGCCAGGCUGGCCGAAAUGCCUGCUCCCCUACUCGUAGGGGGCAGGGGGUCUGGAGGGGCAGGGGGUCCCAAGCAGGAGGCUGGGGCCCGAGGCCCCAGAGGCGGUUCCCUGCCCUCCAGCGAUCCCCCUGUGUGCAAUAACGCUCCGUCUGCCAGCCUGGCUGCAGGUUAGUCUGUUGCACCUUCUAUUUUUGUAAACUCUGGUGUAUUUCCGUUCCCUGUGUCUGGAUAGAAAUAAAUUAUUGACUGACAGCAGCCUGGCUCUGGGUUCUUGGCCCUGGUGAGGGGCCGGCGAAGGGAAGGAGAUAUGGGGUGGGGCAGUGCCCGCCCUGCCCCUACUGGCUUGUGAACUUUGCCAUCCAUGCUUGGGGCAAUGCCAGAGCCAGGGGUGAGGCUGCAGUGCCCCCAGCCUGGUGCUAGGAGGGCAGGAACGGGGAGGGGUAGCGCCUUCCUAACCCCACAGCCUGCGCAUGAGCUGGGGGGUGACAGAUGAGCCUCG